GUGCUGAUCCAAAGCCAGGAUCUCAGAGACUUUUCUGGGUCUCCCACGCUUUGUGCAGGGUCCCACGUCUUUGGCCAUUCCUUGACUGCUUUCUCAGGCCACAAGCAGGGACCUGGAAGGGAAGCAGGGCUGCUGGAAUUAGAACCGGUACCCAUGUGGGAUCCUGGUGCAUGCAAGGUAAAGAGGCUUUGUGAAAGCCCAGCUAUCAAGACUGGAGAGAAUGGAUGAAGAUCACUUAACCCAAGAAGUCUUGGAUAAGUUUGUUAAUUCUCAUGAGCAAACGUAUGAAGAGUUUCUGAGCAGUUUUACUUAUCUUUCAAAAGAGGAUGAUGGGACCAAACGGGAAGCAUUUGGAACCAAUUCUUCAGAAAAAAUAUUUCCCUUAGUAAAAUUCACUCAUGAAAAUGAACGAAAUGACCACCACCAUCUGAGAAAUAAGACCUUCUUUCUUCAUACUUCUUCACAAUGUUCGGAAGAACAGAUAGUGAUGGAUGAAGGUCAGACACUUGGCAGUUCCCUUCAAGAUGACCUGAGUCAGGCAGGGCGAAUGAAGGUACACCGUGUUCUAGAUGUAGAAGAUGUAGAUAUGGAUGAAGAGAUUAAACCUCCCCUGAGCAAGGAUUUGCUGCUGCUUCCUGGAGAAGUGGAACAGGACAUAGAUGCCAGUACUCCUUCUUGUGUUCCUUCCGUGGGAUGGUCUGUCACCCCUCAUGUGAAACCACAACCUAGAGAAGGAACAGAAACGGAAGAGAUCUAUGGAGAUGAAGUGCAAUCCUUCUCACAUGAUGAAGGAGAUGAAGUUGAACCCUUUUGUCUUGAUGAAGAGUUUGAUUACGACAGUGUGACCCUCACCCCCAAGUUCACUCCUGCAGAGCUAGAGAGCAUCAAGGAGCUAUCCAACCAAAAGCGAGAGAACUCUCACAUAGACUCAGAGGAAACCUGUGACUAAGGCAUCUUCAUGUUUCAAAAACAACUUGGAAUAAAUCUGCUAUCAUUACAUGUAUACAUUCAUUUAUACAAGUCAAGGAUGAAAAGAUUGGCUAACAGAGUGAAGCAAUCACUGGUUUAAUAGAAUUCUCUUUUGUUGUGUUAUUGCUGCAUCCUAUGACUGAUUGAGUCACUUAUGAAUGGGAAGCCAUAGGUGCUGUGGGAUCUUUUUUGAGAGA